GCUGUCCCAUGCGGGCGCACGCUAUGCUUGUUGCCAGUCGCACUGUCGGCAGGUGGAGUCUCUUCUUGGUGCGCACAGACUAACCGCCCACUGUCCUUGCCGAGGCUAAAAAUGUGCCGAUUUCAUUUUCAGCAUCAAACUGCCAAACCCUGCUGUUGUAACAUUCUAGAUAUGACUAGCUCCAACGAAUCCGCUGUGGACAUUGCGCACGUCUACAGGGGGACGUUUGUGCACUCCACCGAUCACACAGCCGUGGAAAUUCUGGAGGAUAGGCUUCUGGGAGUGGAUACGGAGGGGAAGAUUGCCUUCAUUGGGAGUGGGCAGGAAGUCGACAGUCUUGCACAGAAGUGGGGGUUUGAGGCCUUGGCUGUUACACAGCUUGGACAGUAUGAGUUCUUCAUGCCAGGGAUGGUGGACACCCACAUCCACGCGUCUCAGUACAGCUAUGCAGGCACAGCCCUGGACCUGCCCCUGCUACAGUGGCUCAACACGUACACCUUCCCAGUGGAGGCCUGCUACAAAGACUUGGAGUUCGCCCGCAACGUCUACACCCAUGUCGUGAAAAGAACCCUGAGAAAUGGUACCACUACGGCCUGUUACUUUGCCACCAUACACACCGACGCUUCUCUCCUGCUGGGCCAAAUCGCAAAUGAUUUUGGACAGCGUGCCCUUGUGGGCAAGGUGUGUAUGGAUACAAACAACUUUGUCCCACAUUACAGAGAGACGCCAGAGGAGUCCCAUGAUGAAACCAACAGGUUCAUUAGUGAGAUGUUGAAGAAGAAGUACCCCCUUGUAAGGCCGGUGGUGACCCCACGCUUCGCCCUGUCUUGCUCUGCUGCCCUGCUGGGUCACCUGGGAGAGAUCGCCCAGAAUAACCACCUGCACAUCCAGAGUCACAUCAGUGAGACGAAGGAGGAGGUGAAGCUGGUGAAGGAACUGUUCCCAGACUAUGACUCCUACACAGACGUCUACCACAAACACAACCUUCUCACUGACAAGACUGUGAUGGCUCACGGUUGUCACCUAACUGAUGAAGAGCUGAAGCUGUUCGGAGAGAAAGGGGCGUCCGUCGCUCACUGUCCCAAUUCCAACAUCUCGUUGUGCAGUGGUAUGCUAGAUGCCCGCAGGGUUCUGAACCACAAAGUAAAGCUUGGGCUGGGCACAGAUGUGGCAGGAGGCUACUCUCCCUCUAUGCUGGAUGCUGUGCGGAGAACGUUGGAUACCUCUAAAGCCUUGACCAUCCAGGACCCCCAGUACCAAACGCUCACCUUCGAGGAGGUCUUCAGACUGGCCACACUGGGAGGCAGCCAAGCCCUGUCCCUGGAUGAGCAUACAGGAAACUUUCAGGUGGGGAAAGACUUUGAUGCUCUGCGGGUAAACACGGCCAUGGAAGGAGGACCCAUUGAUCUCAUCAAUCACGGAGAGGGGCCUUUGGUGCUCCUGGAGAAGUUCUUGAAUUUGGGGGAUGAUCGGAACAUUGCGGAGGUGUACGUGGCAGGGAAGAGAGUGGUCCCAUUCGUAGAAAGAUCAUAGAUUUGGGUUUGGUUGCUGGCUUGUUGUCGUCAUCUUGUUACCAUCUGUCUGAAUCCUCUACCAGUCUACCUGACUGCUGUUGUAACGGGACAGGAGGUGAUGAGGAAAAUGUAUUCAACGAGAGGGAUUAUUACUGUAUAUACAGUGUGUGUGUUUUCAAUCAUCUAGUGUAAUUACAUACAGUUAAAUUCAAUGGAUGAUAUUGCUGCUCAUCGUGAAGUUCAGAGUGAAUCCUAUGUUGGUUGUCAUACUUAUGUCGUAACCCAAAGAACAUCAUUGCCUAUGUUGUUUUUGUUAUUUCAAAGUCAAGGGAAAUGUGUGUGUUUUUAUGAAUGUAGGUUUAUUCAAUUCAAGUAACUUUUAUUUCCUGAGUGGGUACUUCAUGUAUGGCGACGGCUUGAUAUAAACAAGAUAUAUAACAACACAGCAACAUAGAACACAAAAACAUGUGCAGUAUAAUAGAUUAGAUGCAAUCAUAGGAUAUAUAUAUAUAUAACAAACAAACAAACGUCAAGGGUUGAGGAGUUUGAUGGAUGAUGGCACAAAACUAGAAGCUGGUCUCUUAGACUUUGUAUGCCAGAGAUCUACGUAUAUCUGCGCCAGGAGGGAAGGGAGUUGUACUGGUCCAAGACUUAUCUCCGUGUGUAAGGUCCAAAGCUAUUUGUUCCCCCUAUUGUAUCUGUAGCUUUGCAUUUGUCCGUUUUUUACAGCAUCCUUGACUUCGUCUCGGGCCUAACAACACAAGUGUCAAUAUAUCCUCCAAACACCGGUUUCUCGAGCAUUAUCACUUAACGGUAAUUAUUGUGCAACUGCUGUUCCAUGCUACAGUGCUGAGUUUUGCAGAAAAAGCUACAAAGUAAAAGGGACAAAUAUUCUCAAAGAUUUAAGUAAAGAGUAUUUGCAUGAUUUUAAGUGAAUUUUAAGUGAAUUUGUCUCUUUUGUUUGUAACAUUUUUCGAGAGUAUUCAAGCCUGGAGGCAAAGGUUUUUACACAUUAUUGACAGUGGUUCCAGGAUAAAACAUAGGGUUUUAUGAAAAUAUAGAGGCUGAACACUGCAAACAGCAUAGCUUUAAAAUUAUUUUGUUAAAGCAAACAUUCCUCCAAGCCAGAUAUUUUCCCUGUCUCACUCACACACUUAUAUCUACUGCACCGUAGACCCAUCUGUGUGUGACAGAUGAAAAGCUAGAAGUGACCAUGUCCAUUUGACAGCCUACUAUAGCACAAUGUGGGAUAUCUGUCAUAGACAGGUCCACUAUAAAGACUACAGAGAUUCAAGUUUCUGGUCCACAGCAAACACAUCCCAAAACAAUGGAUGAUCCAAUUCCAUGAGAUUAUUUAUCAUAAUUGUCAGCAGUGUUUAAUUUGAGCUGGAUACUGCUGGAACAGGAGUGUUACCUUCUUCUUCUUCAAGAGGUCACCAAUGAACCUAGCGCAACACAAAACAGUUUUGGACUGUUUCAUUCUGGAACCUAUUUGGCUGGAUCGCAAUAAUUAAAAUACAAUAGUGUCAAAGUAGGCUGUCAUUACGAUCAUUUGUGCGUUAUUAAAAAAGAUUCUGCCAAAGUCUCCAGUUGUGUAAAAUGACCGAGGUAAAGACAGUUUCAAGUUGGAUAUUCGCGCUUUCAUACCACUUGAGCCACAGACUCCAAAUAAGUGUCAUGAUGUUGGAAAAAUUGCGCACAACAUUGCACAGCUCUUAUUUUCACAAUUUGGACAUUUAAUUCGCUUUCCAAAGCUAAAACACAUGUGGAAAUGUGAGCAACAUUUUGUAUUCGUAGUUGAAUUAGUUAGGGAGUGUAAACAUUUUACAUUAGAAUUUCAAUAGCUCCUUGGUCAUGUGACCUACUUGACUCAAACAAGUUUCAGAAUGUCCACUGACUACCCUUCUAUAUUGCACACCCUUUGGUUUGUUCAUUUUCAUCUCACACGUUUUACAUGAAUUUUUCAAACUUUAACAUUUCAGUAGCUCCUUGGUCAUGUGACCUACUGACUUCAAACAAGGUUCAGAAUGUACAGUCAGUAGGCCUACACAUUGCACACCCUUCAGUUUGUCCAUUUUCAUCUCACUCCAUUUUACAUGAAUUUUUCAGAAUUUAAAACUUCAAUAGCUCCUUGGUCAUGUGACCUACAGGACUCAAACCUACAGGAACUUCAGAAUGUCCACGGACUGGCCUUGUAUAUUGCACACUCUUGUUUGUGUACUGUAAAAUCACGCAGUGUAACGUACAUUUUUCAUAGUUUUAAAUUUCAAUAGCUCCUUGCUCAUGUCAAUUACACAUCUAAGAAGCGUGCAGUGGAUAUACACCCAUAUUGCAUAACCUCUAGUCAUGUAUCUUCUAUAUUGUUGUACAUUAUUAUUAGUUUGACAAUUAGGGGGUUAAGUCCAGUGUUGUUAACCCUUUUCUUUCAUAUUUAUCUAUAAUAAUUGGUAGUUCUAAGUACUUAUUUUCCCUGUUUUUUUUAUUUUGCCACAGUAUUUAACAGCGGUACACAAUAGGAGAGAGGCAGAUAAUAUCUCCUUUCGUCGUUAAUGUCAACCAUAAAGGAAAAUGGCAAAGUACGAGAGUCAUUGUCCAAAGCAGGGAUGGAGAGUUAGCUAGUAAGGUAGGCUGCAGUGGGUUUGCUGGGCAAUACAUAUACUGAACAUGUAACCAGAGUAAUGGUGGCCAGAAAAUCAAUUAAUAAAAAUGUUAUAUUGACAAAUUAAA